GAGACCCUCCUGGCCGCGGUCGAUCUCGAAAAUCAUCAGGCAUUCAAAGGCGACGACUCGGACGGCAAAGUAGGAUGGACUGUGAAACGCCUCCUGGUUUGUGCUUUCCUCGCCAUGUUGUAUACUGGUCAGUCUGAAAUUUCCGCUUGGAGCAUGACGCCUGCUAAUUCUUCCCUAGGAUCUCAACUUCCUCUUUACUUCACAGGCGCUUCACUCAGCUUGAUUGCAGAGGAUAUUGAUGCAGCAGAUGUCAUCGGUUGGCUUCCGGUAGCCAACACUCUCUCCAUCGCCGCUGUAGCCCCCUUCGUAGGCUAUCUUCAAGAUCUUUUCGGCAAGCGAUAUAUCGCCCUGUUUGGUGCGACGCUACUGGUCGUGGGCUGCAUCCUGCUCGGAACCGCUCAUAACCUGGACCAAGCACUUUCCGGCAUGGCUCUCGCGGGCGCUGGUGCCGGCGUUGGCGAGCUCACGGGUCUCGCUGGUCUUUCGGAAAUUGUGCCCGUCAAGCAGAGAGGCUAUUCUUUGGCCGUCUUGACUGCCUUUGUCUUGCCCUUUUGCCCUUAUGUCAUGUAUACUGAGCUCUUCACCACUCGUGGAUCGAACCGGACUUGGCGCUGGGGCUCGUGGAUCUCGUUGAUCUACAACGCAAUCACUCUUGUUGGAUUGGCCAUUUUCUACUUCCCUCGCGCACACGUUCGUGCUGAGGGCAUGCGAUUCAAGCAAGUUCUCAAGCGGAUUGACUACGUUGGAGGCUUCCUUUCCAUUACCGGUCUCACGCUCCUCCUCGUUGCUUUGCAGGCAGGCGGCUACAAUCAUCCUUGGAAGUCGGUGUACGUGCUGUGCAAUCUCCUCUUCGGCAUCGCUCUUCUCCUCGCCUGGUUCGUGUGGGAGUGGAAGUUUGCCAAGCACCCCAUGGUUCCCAAAGAACUCUUCCUCGGCCAGCGGGUCGUUGGCUUCUCCUUUGCCGUUGCCUUCGUCGCCGGCAUGAACUUCUUCAGCUUGCUCAACUUUUGGCCAUUGACGAUCCGCUCGGUUUGGGAUCCGUCCCCAAUCGCAAUUGGCUACCUCAUGCUCACAGCUUUCGGAGGCUCUCUUGCAAGCAUGGAUCCCACCAAUCAAUACCAGAGCGUCACGCUGGCGUCGUUCUCAGCAUUUGGUCUGGGCGGCGUGAUUGUGCCGGCAGCCACGGUGGCUAUGAUCGCUUGUCCGGAUGCGCUCAUCACGACUUGCGCUGCUCUCUCUCUGUCCGUGCGAGCUGUUGGUGGAGCCAUUGGAUACAGCAUCUACUACUCCGUCUUCACUGACAAGCUCAAAACCGAGCUGCCAAAGCUUGUCGGCGAGUAUGCUGUAAAAGCUGGGCUGCCAUUGACCAGCGCGGAGCUCUUCGUUGGCACCUUUUUGACGACACCCACCGCUGAAGCACUCGCUCAAGUUCCCGGAAUCACACCGCAAGUCAUCGCGGCGGCUACGACUGGUGUUCAAUGGGCAUACGCCAAUGCACUACAUCUCGUCUGGUACACUUCGAUUGCAUUCGGAAGCUGUGCCAUGAUCUGCUCUCUGUGCAUUCCGAAUACCAGGAAGUACCAGACGAACAGAAUCGCUGUGGCGAUUUAG